AUGGAUUACGAAAAGGCAGAGACCGCAGCCUUUAAAUGUGUUGUCGAUACGCUCAACCUUCGCGUUUCUGAAGAUGGGCAAUUCGGUCUACCACAAACUAGCUUGUCGAAGGCAAUUCAAGACGAGCUUGCAGAUGUUGAACAUGCCGACAAGCCUUUUGGUGCUUUGUUUAACGUCAAUCCUCCUCCUCCAGAGUACGACCAGCAAGGAAAUGUCACAAACGCGCCAGUCCCUCACACUCUCUCACCUGCACAAUUGGAAGCCAGUACGAAGCGCAGCUACCAACCACUUGACCGAGUCAAUGCCUCAAUCGGAUUCUCUACACACGAGACCGAGAGAAACUUCAUCUUUUUGCGUGUUGCCAUUCCUUUUGAUCAGAUCCCAGACACGAUUGAUCCUAGAUCAUAUACUGCUGAUGGUUUCAUCGUCAAGCUCAAGUUUUACGCAAACAACAUGAUUCGUCUCGAUUCAUAUCUUUCCUCGCCUGAAGAAGAUGAAAAACCAAACAACAUCUUUACCAGCGACGCUGUCAAGCUCUUCAGUAUCAACGAUGAAGAUAAAGAGGUUUUCAAUGAUGUCAAUAUUGAGCAAAUUCCCAAGAUCGUACUCAAGACACCUGGUUAUGACCGUGUUGGAAAGAAUGGCGAGCCCAAGGCCAAAUUUGGUGUCUUUCGUUUGGAACUGAAUAUUAAGGAUAUUGCGUCUGCCGUUAGUGAGAACUUGAUGCACUCAACCACCUGGCCAGCUGCUCCAUGGGCUCCUCGUCGUGUAAUCAAAUUCCUCCAGUUUAUCAUGUCACAGCACACGUUCUCUCUUCCAAUCUACGUCAUGGAUUCAAAGGACUGUGAUUUGAAGCAUUCCUUCAUCAAGUGUCUUCGUGGUAUGCAAAAAGAGCUACGUGAUGGCAAUCCUUUCCGCGGAUACCUGUCUCAAAAUUUCGCCAUCAAUUUUCACACCCCCACCAUUGAUUCAGGUGCCUCUAUCAAGGAUUCGAGAUCAAGACCUAACAUCGUCACGCAGAAGCAAUUGCAAUACUGUACAAAGGAGGAGAUGAUCACCCGCCUUGCUGUCGCUACCAAGCAACAACUUGAAGAUCGUCGUGCAAAGAUUAUUGAGUUUUGUGCGUUAAAGCAAACUAUUAGAUUGAUGAAGAUCGUUGAUGAUUCGACGUAUUAUGCUUUCUUCAUGGCACCACAAGAAUUGCGCCUUCAACCUGGUGAUAUUCUGAAGGUUAAUUUCCGUCCCGAUAACCCCAUUCGGAAUGAGGACUGGAAUCUAGUUGUGUGUGAGCCGUUUGACUGGUCAUACCAAGGAGAAUCUGUUGGUGUAUUGAAGCGUCCCUUGGUUCCUCUCCCAGAAGGUGCUACAGAAGAGGAAAAGCGAGCCUUUAGACCUCUCGUCAGAACUGCUUUACCUGCUGUUAACGGCACCAUGGAUUCGCCUGAUUCGUGCAGAGCUCUUCUUGAAAGUGAUCGUCCGGUGUCUGUCAUACUCAAUUAUUACGAGUCCGAGACGGCAGAAGCUAGAGUGUUCAAGGCUCUUAAUCACUUCCUCCACUCCACUUAUCCCAACUUUCGUAAGCUUGACUUUCAAUCCCCGAACAAUUUCAAAUCAGAAAGCAUGGAAGCAUGGUCAAAGGUGCUUUUAAUGCAUGACAAUCGGGUCAGAUCUCAUGUUAACAUCUUGGGCGAUGAUGCUGGUCUCAUCAUGGAGAGAUUUAAUGACAAAGAUCAACUUGAUGCCAUCGAAUAUCUCAAGAAGACACCUGUCAAUUCUGAAGGCAAAGCUGUCGGUAUCAUUGAAGGCUUCCCAGGAGUUGGAAAGACUGCAUUCUUGGCCCAUGUCGUUGUAUGCAUGCUGGCUCAACGACCUCAAGCUCCUAUCUGUUGUAUUUGCGCUGCAAGCCAACCGACCGACGUUCUCGCCAAGGCUAUUGAGCGUGCAAUCGAAAAUACUCGUCACAGACAGCCAGAUCUUUCACCUUUCCUCCGUCAACAGGUCGUCAUUCGUGCCUAUCCCACAGCAACUGAGACCAAUUUUCUAAUCGGUUUGGCUGAUAGAGCUCCAAAUGUUUCAAUUGAUCAAACUGCAAAUGUUGUCUCGACAAUUCCCCCUCAGACUGGUACAAAAGAGUUCAUGUGCCAAUUUCGACAACUCCACGCACUCUUAAUUCGUGACGCUAGUCUUGCUACACUCGUCGAUCUAGUUAUGCUUUUUUCUUCCUUUGAGACGGACCGACUUAUCUUGUUCGGUGACACCAAGCAGCUUACUCCCCAAACUCCUUUUCUACAAGGUUCUCAAGGAUUAACUCGUGAGAAAUCUCAAAAUGUUAUGUCGUACUUUAUGGACAAUCAUUGGCCUAAGGCGCAACUAUACAUUCAGCGACGAGGUUGUCCUGAAAUCAUGGAGGUCGCGUCCGAAUUAUUCUACCGCAAACGAAUUCAAGAUGCACUUGUACACCGAAGCAGUUUCCACUCCCCGUAUUUGUAUAUUAAUGCAGUACACGAAGGCGAGAUCAUGGACCAUUCCACCAAGUCCUGGAUGAACCUUACCAGUGCUGCCGUCAACAUCAACUUGAUCGAGUACCUUGUCACCAAAUGCGACGUUUCCCCAAGCUCAAUGAUUGUCAUUACUCACUACACCGCCCAACUACGUGUAUACACAAACGCAAUUUCGAAGCUAGCCAGUGAUUAUCCUAUGUUUGCUUUCUCUGAAGUCGCUGUUCAUACUAUGGAUAGCAUCAAAGAUGGUUCUGCAGACAUUACAUUAUGUGAUUCUGUCCGUACCCAAAAUACAGGAUUCACCAAUAACCCUGGUAGAAACUGCGUUGCACUCACUCGAGCACGUUCUUUUGGGAUUGUCACUGCAAAUACACAACAGUUGAACUCUGGUGGUAGAAACACUCCAGUAAUUUGCAAAGCUUUCGACAUCGCUCGAAAGGCCAAGGCUUGCGUCAAUAUCAGCAAGAGUAUGAAUGAACGCUACUCUAACCUUCUUCUACAUCGUCACGUUCAGGGUUUCGCAUGA